UCUCUAGAACAGCUAACUUGGAAGUCUCUCGAAUCCGAAAACCCCAACCUAUCUUAAACCUCUAUAUAAACUCUGAUUCUGAUUUCAUCCCUGUCCAUCGCCCUCAGUAUCUCUACGCUGACAAAAAAUAAACCGAAAGAGAAACGAAGAGCUAAAUUUUCACUAUUUGAUCGGAGCUACGGCUGAUCACGUUAAACACCUUAUCGUUUAACACUUCCGAUUCGGAUCGGCGACGUCGUCAUCGUCUCUCCAGAUUGAAAGUUCGUUUUUCUGAAAAAUAAAAUUCGUAUUAAUUUCGUAAUCUGUGUUGAUUCUCUCUCUCUCUCUCUCUGUGUGUUUGCUCUUGUUUGUGCACUCUAUGGUAAUGUGUCGAGCAAAUGCUUUUUAUUUUUAUUUUUAAUUUUUUUAUUCUAUAUGAUUUAGCUUGGUUAAGUUGUGUCUCGUGAUUGGGAAAGACAUAGAAGGUAAAUGUGAUUUGAAACCUGAAGCUUUUUCGCGUGGUUUCUGAGUAAACCGGAAGGUUCUUCUGAAUUUUGGUUGUCUCAGGAGUUUUGAGCUUGAAAAUGUUUGAGGUCUUGAGUUACUCUGUUGCUUAUGUGAUUCUCUUGGUAAGUAGAUAUGGAAAACAUGUUGCUGAGUACGUGUUGUUGUCAAAUUUGAAAAAGAAGAGGAAUCUGAGGUGGUUAAUCAAGAGUUAUUUCGACUGCAAUCUGGUUUGCGACAUGUUAAAUUGAUUUGUAAAAUUCGUGCUUUGUUGUUUUGGUUCCGUUUAAAAUCCUGGUAUGGAGUGUUCUUGCUGCUUGUGAAAUAUUGGUGCUUGUGUUGUUUCUAUUUUUGACUAAACGUUUCGAGAAAUAUUCCGGGUGUGCCGACGUCUUUUUUAUAUAAAGUUAUGUCGGUAUUCAAUGGGAUCAGCGGUGUGCAAUUGUCGUUUUCCUUCUUUUCUAGAUUCUGAUACUUUCCCUUUGCUAUUCCGAAUUAGACCGUUAUAGUUUUUGGCUUCGCUAAUAUUUGGAGAAAAUAAGUGUCUGAUGAGAGAAGUUUCUUUGUUGAUCCAAUUAUUCCUAAAAUCAUGUUUUCGUUUCUUCUUUGUUCCUGUUAAAUUUGAUAUAUUUUUUUUGAAUAAAUUUCAUAACAUAGUUAAUCGAGUCUUAAUUAGUGGGGAAAAAAAUGUUGAUGAGGUUCUGGUUCUAUAAUAUUUCAUAUUAUUAUGAAAGAUUUUUUCUUGGAAAAAGAAAAACGUCUUUUUUAUUUAAAGAAACAAAUUUAAGAAAAUACAUCAUUUUGGUGGCUGUAGAGUUCCAUGACUUAUUGGACUUUAACUUCAUUUCUGGCGUGCUGCAUUUUCUUGGCAAGUUUUAGGUAAUUUAAGAUAUCAAAAGACAAAUACGACAAUGAAACUGAUACGGUGGAAGGUUUUGGAUAGAACUUCACACUUGAUGGUAGCUUUUUAUUUGCUACUAUGCUAUUGUGCUUAUUGAUAACAGAUCCAAUUCAUUGAACGUGGCCCCUUCAUGGAGUUAGGCAUUUAACUUGUAGCAGUGUUUCAAGCAGAUAAAUGCUUAUUUUACUCUAUUUUAAGUAUCGUAGUCUCUAUUAUGGUAUCAUGUGAUGAGGGUAGCAAUGAACUCUUCUAAUUCAACAAAGACGGAAGCUGAGUUGGUUAAGUGUUGGAAAUUUCCCUUUUCUUGCUUGACCUUGAAAUCUGACAGACUAAACAAAGAGCAGCUAUCAAAGGCCUCAUUGGAGGGACUUGGUUUCAAGUGGUCCUUGUUUUCUAGAAUUAUUAUAAGCCCUUUAGAUCAGCUUGGCUCUGUUUAUAGUAUGUUGAGUGAGUUUCCGCGCAAAGAAUGCACAUCAUUAGAUCAGAUACAGGUAUUUGGGAUCCUCAAGGUUGGAGAGUGCCUGCAUAGAAUUAGAAGUUCUUUGCAUGGAACUGUUCCACUUGGUAUGCCAUCCCAAGUCCCAACCUGUUUUGGAAUGUUUAAUACAUAUUUACUGGUCAUACUUGUAACAAUGGGUGGUUCUGCAGUGAGGCAGGGGUUUUGAAUACAUAGUAGAUAGUACAUAGAACGGUGAUGUACCCACUAUGAUAAUGUCUUUCUCCCCUGAUUCUGAACCUGGGUUUUAUUUCUGUUCCUUCAUCAGUUGCUCCAGUCCCAUUUUUUUUUUUUCAGUCAUUUUCCUUGAAAUUGGGCUAAGAGGGCUAGAUGGCAUUCACUUGUGCCAUGAAACCAUUUGAGUGGAAAGCAAGGGGUAGGCAUUAGUGCUUUGAUCUGUAUCAUUUCUCCAGCUCCACUUUCUUGAGUUCUUCAGAACACACCCUUCUUAUUAGAGAUGUGCUUUACUAAUUUAGGGAAGUUAGUAGUUGGAGAGGUGUCUCGUAUGGGCGGUAGGGUCAUGAACCUGCUAGUUGUAUCAAAAUUCCUUUGAUUUUAGAUAACAAGAGAACCCACUCAGGUUCACUUAAGAUUUAUUAGACGUGAGGAAGGUCGCUGAUGUUCUGAUGAUGCUAAAUUACUUUUUUGGGUAAGUUCAGUUUUCGGAGGAGACUUGGUCCAGAGUUGCCAACUGAGGUAGGCCUGUCCUUGAUGGAAAAUCAACAAAGCACAUUUCUGCACUCUUAACACUUUUUCCCUCAUAUGUUUGUUACUUGUUAGAAUGCAUUUGAUUGUGUGAUGUAUUGCUUUCAUGUCCAGAAUAAUUGGACUUUGGUUCUGGGACUUCCUCAAGGAAUCAAGUGAUCAUGCAAUGCUAUUCUUACUAAUCACAGCUGAAGGCUUUGGAAUUCCUCAGUGCUGCAUUUAGUUAUAAUAUGGUAUUCUUAUAGAUCUACUUUUUUUUAAUGACUCUUCUCUUGGAGUAUUGCUGAUUGGACUUUGGAGCUGUUCAGCGUUGCUUGGAUUAUGUUGUUGCUGAUUUCAAUUGAUCUGCAGCUGUAUAGACGAAAGCAACAGUCUCAUGGGGUUUUUGCGUGGCUUUGAUCGGGUGACUAAAUAUACCUUUCAAAGUUUUAGAAUGUUUUCUAAAUAUGUUCCUACAUGCAGGUCAUCUAGGUAUUGUUGCCCUCUCUUAGAGGUCAUUAUUGUGAGUUUGAAGACAUUGUAUGUGAUGGAAGAAAUCAAGAGUUUUGAGUCUCAACAGAUGAUGUCAACCUUUCAACAUUCAGGUAGCAGAGAUGAUGAAACGAAGUCAACGAUUUUACACUCUCAGCAGUUGAAUGAGUUCUUAGUUAAAGAACAAUCAGACAAUAUGAAGAUUUUGGAAAUGCUAGAUAAAGGUUGCAUGAAAUAUGGAUGUCCUCACUAUCGCAGAAGGUGCCGCAUUAGAGCGCCUUGUUGUAAUGAGGUCUUUGAUUGCCGUCACUGUCAUAAUGAUGCAAAGAACAACAUCAAUGUUAACCAGAAGCUUAGACAUGAUAUGCCACGCCAUGAAGUGAGACAGGUGAUAUGUUCACUUUGUGGCACUGAACAAGAGGUCCGACAAUUUUGUAUCAACUGUGGAGUAUGUAUGGGGAGGUAUUUCUGUGAGACUUGUAAGCUGUUUGAUGAUGAUACAUCUAAGAAACAGUAUCAUUGUGAUGGCUGUGGGAUUUGUAGAAUUGGAGGGCGUGAGAAUUUCUUCCAUUGUUACAAGUGUGGCUGCUGCUACUCAAAUUUUCUGAAGAACAGCCACCCAUGUGUGGAGGGGGCGAUGCACCAUGAUUGCCCUGUUUGUUUUGAGUUUUUAUUUGAGUCGAGAUAUAAUGUAACUGUAUUGCCAUGUGGACACACAAUUCAUGAGAAGUGCUUGAAAGAGAUGAGAGAACACUGCCAAUAUGCUUGCCCUCUCUGCUCCAAGUCAGUCUGUGACAUGUCUAAGGUAUGGGAGAAAUUUGAUAUGGAAAUUGCAGCAACGCCAAUGCCAGAACCUUACCAGAAUAAAAUGGUUUGUUCUCUUGUUUGGAUUCUCUGCAAUGAUUGUGGAAAGACAACACAAGUGCAAUAUCAUGUUGUAGCUCAGAAAUGCUUGAAUUGCAAGUCAUAUAAUACACGCCAAACCAGAGGCUGAGUUGGCACUUUGUAGACACUGGAACUUGGGAACAGAAAAUAGAUUUGAUAAUGGAUCCAUCAUCAGUUCUGGGAUAGGGAUAUUAAUUUACCUUCUCAACCACCUGCACCUUAUCCAUGGAAGGGAUAACGGGUGAUCCUGUGACUCUGCUACCUGCUGCAUCCCGGGGCACGGGCUUUUGUUCUCCCAUAUUUUUAUUAUUUCAUUUUUUUUUUUGUUUUAUUUGUAUUUGUGGUGAAGUGAAUCGCAGUGUCCUGCAUGUAGUGCCCAAUGAUUGGCAUGUAGUCAAAAUGUUGCCUCUUUCUCUUGUUAUUUUGUUAGUCCUUUUGUGUUUUGGUAGCAGAAGUGGUGCUGCAGUAAUUGUAUAAGGCUUGAAGCGGGGGAGUGGAAGUGGAUAUAGCAAAAUAAAAAAAUUUCCCGUCUAUGGGGCUCGGGUAUGUAUUUUCUGGUGGGGCCUACAGGAAUCUUCUGUGUGAAUGAUUUAGUCGUUAAUUAUGGGCAUUACUACCAAAUAA